CGCCCCAUACACAGCUUCCCCCCAAAAAAUAAAGCGCGGAAUUCUACACACGUAAGCUUUGCGAUCGACCGCGAAAGAGCUUUGCCUAUUUUUUUUUUUAAAAAAGAUUGCUGAUCUCGAGCUUUUCACCGGGUUUGUGAUCGAAUACGCUUAUUUGAGUGAAUUGAUUAGUGACGGAGUAAAAUUUUAAAGAAAUAUCUUAAAGAAAAGUGAUUAAAAUUGAUUUGGGUGGAUUUGGUAAAAAAUUGCAUGAUUUGGGGAAAAAAUUAAUGAAUUUUUUUGGUGCCGGAGUUGAGCUUUGGCGAAUUUGUUGGUUAAAAUGGACGAUGAUCAAGUCCAAGGGUGUACAGCAAGUUGGCCGGAUUCUGAACACCAGAUAAGAAUGGUUCAAAGAAGUAGUUGUGAAGGUAGCAAUGGUGGAUGAAGGUUAAAGAUCAUACCCCCGAGUACCAUCGUAACUUGUCCCACUCCUAUGGCUAGUACCAUGCCGGGGCCGACAACUCCGCUUGUCGGAGAAGGCAGGGAAAGCGGCGAUGGUACCGCCGUUCGAUGGGAUUCCACGGUGGAUGCCUCAAACCCUCGUUACCAACCUCAAGGGUACCCACAACAAUCACCCCCAAUCACCCAAAUUUUACCACCAUCGUUACCCCUUCAACUUCAAAGACCUUACUCGAGAUCCAUGUCUUCGUUACCACCCGAACCGUUCAUGAUAAUGCGAUCAAAAGCGCUUAAUCGAAGAGUUUGCAUCAACGUUGGAGGGGUUAAACAUGAAGUGCUUUGGAGAACUUUAGAUCGACUUCCUCACACAAGAUUAGGAAGGUUACGAGAUUGUAACACCCACGAAGCUUUAAGUGAACUUUGCGAUGAUUAUUCGUUGAUAGACAACGAAUACUUUUUCGAUAGGCACCCGAAAUCGUUCAGUUCGAUUCUGAACUUUUAUCGGACUGGGAAGUUGCAUCUUGUGGAUGAAAUGUGCGUGCUCGCGUUUAGUGACGAUUUAGAGUAUUGGGGUGUCGAUGAACUGUACUUGGAGUCUUGUUGCCAACACAAAUAUCAUCAGAGGAAAGAACACGUCCACGAAGAGAUGAGGAAGGAGGCGGAAUCGCUUCGGCAAAGGGACGAAGAGGAAUUCGGUGAUGAUAAGUGUUCGCAAUAUCAGAAAUGGUUGUGGGAUAUGCUUGAGAAACCAACCACAUCAAUAGCUGCAAGGGUGAUAGCCAUCGUGUCAAUCUUGUUUAUCGUCCUAUCAACAAUCGCGCUGACCCUGAAUACGAUACCUAGUAUGCAGGUGAAUGAUGAGAAGGGUAAUUUUACGGAUAAUCCCCAAUUGGCAAUGGUUGAGGUGGUGUGCAUCACGUGGUUCUCCUUAGAAUACAUCCUCAGGUUUAGUGCGUCACCAAACAAGUGGAAAUUCUUCAAGGGCGGCUUGAAUAUUAUCGAUCUCCUCGCCAUUUUGCCUUACUUCGUCUCUUUAUUUCUUCUGGAGACAAACAAGAACGCGACCGACCAGUUUCAGGAUGUUCGUCGAGUAGUCCAGGUUUUUCGUAUAAUGAGAAUUUUAAGAAUUUUGAAACUGGCUCGUCAUUCAACCGGGUUACAAUCGCUAGGAUUUACUCUUCGCAACUCGUACAAAGAGCUCGGUUUGCUCAUGCUGUUUUUGGCGAUGGGCGUUUUAAUUUUUUCGAGUCUCGCCUAUUUCGCCGAAAAAGAAGAACAAAAUACCAAGUUUAUAAGCAUUCCGGAAACGUUUUGGUGGGCGGGUAUUACGAUGACCACGGUAGGUUAUGGCGACAUUUAUCCCACCACUCCCCUCGGGAAGGUUAUAGGAAGCGUGUGUUGUAUCUGCGGUGUGCUGGUGAUCGCGUUGCCCAUACCUAUUAUUGUUAACAAUUUUGCCGAAUUCUACAAAAAUCAAAUGCGAAGAGAGAAGGCGCUCAAACGACGCGAGGCCCUUGAACGAGCUAAACGAGAAGGCAGCAUAGUUUCCUUUCAUCAUAUCAACCUGAGGGAUGCUUUCGCCAAAAGUAUGGAUCUAAUCGAUGUUAUUGUCGAUACAGGGCACAACUUAUCGCACGCGGACGGCAAUAGCCAAGAAGAAGGUGAAGUCAGAAAUCCAUCGCAGGACUACAGAAAUUUUGAUCAACUUCCGAAUAGACAUCGAAGAAGUAACUCUUCCCAAAUUCCAUGUCUUCCAAUUGGUGGCGAAGGCGGAGUUCCUCCCGUUGUUCCUGUUUCGCCGUCGUCGCAAAAAAGACUUUUGGAUAUUGCACCAACUGAAGAUCAAAUUCAAACUUGUACAGCUUUGGCCCCGAUUACUCAAGAUGAGACUCAAUUAAUUCCUAGUACUCCUAAAGGAUAUAUUACUCCAGAGGCGGACAGGGUAAAAACUGAUCCCAAUAACAAGAAGGUCGAGAAGCUAGACGAAAUACCUAGCGAAUUCGAAUGUUGCUUUUGCACUUCAAAGGGAUUCAAAGAAUUCGUUGACGCCGAAAACUUAAUGCCACUAGCGACGAGCGACUUCCGAAAUCCGGUCUGUUUAGAAAUGAGAACACUGAAAAAUGAACAGAACUUAGUAUCAUUCGACGAUUUCGAUUUGAAAACGAAACCAUUGGUUUCCUACAGCAACAACAACGUAAAUAAUAACAAUAACAACGGUGAUAUGGGGAGUAUGGACAGUUCGGAUACUUUCGCCAGUUGCAACACGCACCCGUUUCAUUCUCAAGGUGAUCUUACCUCGGAUAUAGCCGACCCAUCUUGCGCUAUCGACAGCAAUCUUUAUGUGAAUCCGUUGGAUAAGAGUGGUGAUAAUAGCCCGGUUACUCCAGCACCUCCAACUGGAAGAACUGGGGGAUUCAAAAAAUCGGCAUCCGGUGAUACAGCUCUUAGAAGUUUAACGACAUCGCCUAUGGAGGAGGGUUAUCGAGGUUUUGGACCGAUCGAUAGAGGAAGUCGAGUUAGUUUGAACGAUUCUUCGUAUCCUCGACAAAGAAGAACAAGAUUUCAACAAGGUGGAAAACCAAGAACGCGAUUUGGCGAUGCUUUCGAGCGGGAUUCCCAAGAAAGUUUAGAAUCGAAAAGACCUUCCAAGAAAUCUUCGUUUAUGUCUUCCAAAUCGUUCGCUUCGGCUACAAGAAUCAUUAAUCAACAUUUAUUUGGUGUUCAAACUUUAGGUACUAGAUCAGGUAAAAAUGGUGGGAGUAAAUCUUCAUUAUCGGUUGACUCGAUAGAUAGCAGAGCAAGUCCUCAACUUGAACACCACCGAAGAUCAAAAUCAAUCUUAAAAAAAUCCGAUAGCAGCGGUUACAAAUACAAUGACCCGGAAAGUGAACGUUUAAUAUCCGAAUUAGACGUAGGUUCGGGAAACGAAUAUUCGCCGAAUAAAAGAUUAUCUUCUCCUCCGAUGCCUCACCGGACGUUGAGUCAAAAACGUGCUAAGAACGCUUCCUCGUCAUAUCAACAACAGCAACCUCAACAAGAAAAUAAUGAACGUGCGAAAACGUUGAAAUCGUCGUUAUUUUUGCUCGAUGAUAUCAUUAAUAAGGAAAAACAAGGUUAUAGCGAUCCGGUUAUUGAUAAUAAAUUAACGGAAAGUGAGGUGCCACUUUAUAUCUGUCCACCACCGCCGCCAAUGGAUGAUCACUCACCUACGGAAGAAACGAGGUUGUUGCUUCAUACGACGAUGAUGGUUGGGAUUAGUUCGAGACAACCGGGAAAUACAAUUUCAAAAGGAAAUAAUUUGGCUUCGUAGCAGUCAAAGAUUUAUUUUGUACAUCAAAAAAUAUCAACGGGGAUUCUAACUGAGAAAACAGGGUGGUACUUUUGGUUCAUGAAAGUUGCGGUUCCAGCGACGUGACAUUAGAUGUAGGCGAAAAUUACAUCUUCAAAUCGACAACAACAACAAAUAAAUAAUAAAAUCAGAACAAGAUAAUCUGAUUUUAAAAGAAAACAUUAAAAAUUUUAAAAAUUAUACGCACUUUUCGCUCGGAUUACACACAAUAACAAACAAAAUCACGAUACACACAAAGCUAAAAUAAAUCUACAGUAACUUAAGAAAACUAUUUAACAAAAAAAUAAUAAAAAAGGAAUUUGUAAAUAAUACGUAACGAUUAUACAUAAAAAAACUAUAUAUUUGUUGGCGUAUUUGUUUCAUGAAUGCAAUAAGAAGAGGUAAUGUUAAAAUAUUAUUAUUAAUUAGUAUUGUUGCUAAUUAUUGCACGACUAUUAAAAAGAUUGAGUCAAAAAAGCACUUUUUUUUAGAUGUCGUAGUAAAAAAAAAUGAAUUAAUUAAUUAAUUAAAUUAAUUAAAUAGCAAUACGAGUGAUGUAGGUAUUUAUUUUUAGUAGAAAUGAACUGAUUAAAGAAAAAUGGGUCACGCUUGUUUUUGUCUGUGAUUAUAAUUAAUUUCAUUGUGAUGAAAAUAAAAGUUAAUUAAUUUAUGGUUAAGAAGAAAUGGGAAAAGGGAUUUGGUUUAAAUUCGUUAUACUUAAUUGAUUCCAUGAAGUAAUAAUAAUAAUUAAAUAAUAACUUUUUCUUGCAAUAUAUUUAUUAAAGAAUAAGAAUCAAGUCUUCAACUUACAAUUAAAAAAUGAUACUGAAAGAAAUCUGUCCUAAAACAACUAUUUUAAAAAGAAAUUUUUAAUAUAAUCGUCAAUAUAAAAAAGAAAUAGAACUUUAUUUUUAAUUUUUCUUUCUUGGACGUUCCUAAUGUGUCAAUUAAUCGUAUUAAUUGUUUAUUAAACCGGACAGAAAGAUCAUUAAUUUAUCCAUUGAGUGCUAAUUAAAUUGUAUUUUUAAAUGUUGUAUUAAAACUCAACAAGAAAGAAUUUUGAGAUUAUAAAUCGGACCAACAAGGGAAAUUACUUAAAUUAUCAAAGAAAAUUAACCCAUAAAAACGAAAAUCAUAUUUUUCUUGCUUAAUUUUCGAAUAGAUCAUAAAAUUAGCCGUGUUUUAGGGAAUUGAAGAAAAAGUUAACAUAAAAAAUUACAGCUUACUGUCAAAAUCGCUAUUUUCAAUGUAACAACAAAAAAAAUAAUGUAACCUAAUGUAAUUUGCUUUAUUUGAAAACGGCGCCAAAAAA